GACAUGGUUGUCUUCGCCAAUUUCAGGGCAGCCAGUUAGCGACGGCGUGUCUUCCCCACACUUCUUAAGUUGUUAAACGAACGUACAUGUUUCUUGCGAAGAAUAAUUGGAAGCUGGUAAUAACCUCUAGCCAACAAUGCAUGAGAUACGCAAAAAAACAGUAUACUAUACCUGUCCUCUGUCGGCUACAACAUUCUCAAAGACGGAAGUCUUCAACAACGACAACUUCAUUAUUCCCAUUUUUUCAACCUACUGACGAAGAGCAAAGGGAAAAAGAAGCCAGACAAUAUUAUCCUCGCAAGACAGCGUAUGAUACAGCCAAAAUGAAGAAACCGCCAACCCGAACCAAAAUGCUGGUUCGUGAUUUCAUCGAUGACUCACUCUACAAUCCAAAUUAUGGUUACUUUUCCAAGCAAGCUGUUAUCUUUUCUCCGGAAACCGACUUUGACUUUAACGGCAUGCGUGAUCACCUUGAGUUUAUGAAUAUAUUGGGAAAACUAUAUAAGGAUAUAGAGGGUGAAGUAGAUGAAGUAGACGAGAUCGCAAGACAAGUUUGGCAUACACCUACUGAACUCUUCAAGCCUUGGUAUGGAUAUGCUGUUGCUCAAUAUUUGAUAUCGGAAUAUAAGAUGAAUGCAUUUCCACAUAAAGAUUUGAUAAUAUACGAAAUGGGCGCUGGUAAUGGUACUCUAAUGAUGAAUAUAUUAGAUUAUAUUCAGCAAAAAGAGCCCGAUAUCUAUAAAAGAACACGGUAUAAUAUUAUUGAAAUAUCAGGCAAACUUGCAGAAAGACAGUCAGAAAGACAAGAUGUACGAGAUGCCAAAGACCAACAUAAAUGCGUUAAAAUCAUCAACAAAAGUAUUUUUGAUUGGAAUACGCCAGUUACAGACGACUGUUUCUUUAUAGGCAUGGAAGUCAUUGAUAAUUUUGCGCAUGAUCUUAUACGUUAUGAUUUGGAAAAUCUACAACCACACCAGGCAUUGGUUAGCAUUGAUGCGAAAGGAGAUUAUACAGAAAUUUACGAGCCAGUAGGGACUGAUACCCUCAUCAAUGACUAUCUUACCGCUCGUCACAAUACAGGCUACAGGUCGCCAGUGCUCUCAAAUAGCACUUGGCUGAAAUGUCUCAGAUCUUUACCUUUAGGACCGAACAUGACAACUGCUGAAUUUAUACCCACAAAAUUAUUCCAGCUCUUGCAUGUUUUGCGCACCUAUUUUCCCAGGCACAGAUUGCUUUUAUCAGACUUUUCAUCAUUGCCUGAUUCAGUAGAUGGCAUCGAUGCACCCGUAGUGCAGACACGUUAUCGUGGUACUAUGGUUCCCUGCUCUACGUAUAUGGUUCAGCCAGGCUGGUUUGAUAUCUUCUUCCCAACAAAUUUUGAACUACUGCGUAAAAUGUACGCAUCAGUGUGUAGAGGUUCUCGCACGGAUAGUGACGAUAUUCGCGUUCUAACGCAUCGACAAUUCUGUGAGCGAUAUGGCAAUGUUAAAAAAACUACGACAAAAAGCGGUGAAAAUCCAAUGUUAAUGUAUUAUGAGAAUAUGAAGAUGAUACUUACAUGAUUGACUUAGAUGUAAUAGAUGCAGUUUGUAUUAUUAAGCCCCCAUUUCCCCUUUCCAUCGAUUUUACAUACCAAAGAAAGCUUGUGUUGUCUCUUUUUGCAGAAAUAAAAGUCGCUUUACACAGUUUUUCAUGUGAAAUUUCUUAUGCGAAAUAAAUUCACGUUAAGCUUAUCCUAAAGAGACAAUGGAUAAAGAUGCUUAAUUUUGUAUUACCAUUGUUACAGUUAAAAGACAUCUAUUAGAUAUUCG